UAAUCAACGCUCGACGUACAUAACAAUGUUUAAAUUUUGUCGUUCGUUGAUGCAGUGUUGGCUUCACUUCAAAUAAAAUACUUUUCUUGCAGUAAAUCUCGCGGAAAGUACACUAUUUUUGCUGUAAAUUGAAAAGAGCAUCGCGACAAAUGUUCCUGAAUGCUCGUUUUUUUAAUGGUUUCUUUGUACUGUUUAUAUUAUGCACCGUUUGUUUCGUUGUAAACAAAUCAGGCCGACUCCAUUUCGGCAGGACUAUCGAGAUCUUUCGUCGUAUGAUUCGUCGACAUCCGCGCCCCGUGUUUCCUGUGAACUACCACAGUACGGGAUUGCUGAGACUACCUCACAGUGGAAUAAAGGAACCGUUCGAGAUAUGGUUUAGUCGAAGAGAUCGGAGGAGCAGAGUGGAUUUCUACUAUGGAACAGACCAGACUUUCCAGCGCUCAGAUUUGGGAGCGCACGGAACAGCAUUCAAAGUAGUGCCGAUGUACAAUGAAAAACGCGGGAAUUUCAAGGGUUGCUGGUAUAGGAACGGCACGAAGGUGAUCCCGAUAAUACCGCAACCAAUACUGCCAAAUAUUCAGGAGUUUGAGUUUGCUGGAACUGAGGUUUUAGAAGGAACAGAAACCACGAAAUGGAAGCAUCAUUACAAAACCUACGACCUUAAUAAUGACUACACGUUUUGGGUGACGAACUCCGAACCACAUCGCCCAGUCAAGUAUGAAAUGAAAGGUUACGACAGCCUUUUGGCAACCCAUUACGAUUAUUAUGUUUUGGAAUAUAUUUCCUUCGAAGAAUGGAAGCCAAAUGUUUCAGUUUUUGAGCUGCCUUCAGACUUAUGGUGUCACAAUUGGAGUCACAAACUUGACUCCCACUUUAUGACCAAUCCGAUGCAAGAGUUCAUGACUUCACAUCAUGGAAAUAAGGAGGAACACCUGGAAAGACUGUACUCUAUCUUCCGACGUCGUCAUAUGAAAUCCUACAAAGGGAGGAAGGAAAUGAGUAAAAGAAGACAUUUGUUCCGUCACAAUAUGAGGUUUAUCCACUCAACAAAUCGUAAAAAUUUAAACUUUAAACUCUCGGCAAAUCACAUGACUGACGUUGAUAAGGAUGAAUACAUUCGCUACCGGGGUUCUAAGGAAGAGUCCCGUUAUGUGGACCAUCAUAGUAACGGCAGCUUGAUCAACGAUGAAGGUGCUUUCAACAUAUCCGGUGUUCCUGACUCCUUAGACUGGAGAGAUUUUGGUGCCGUGGGGCCAGUCCGUAGUCAAGGAAACUGCGCCUCUUGUUAUGCCUUGGUAGCGGCCCAGGCUCUGGAGACCAGUCAGUUCUUGAAGACCGGGAAUCUUACUCCAUUAGCCGCCCAGCAGAUUAUGGAUUGUUCUUGGGGAUCUGGUAACGAGGGUUGCAAAGGAGGCUGGUAUAGCAAAGCAUUCAGUUGGGUCUAUCUUCAUUCUCUGCGCACUGAAGAUAGCUACGGACCUUAUUUAGCACAGGAAGGAGCUUGUCAUUCGAACGGAAAUGAGAAAGGUGGCGCGACUAUUGAUGCAUUUGCUUACGUACCCAAACGUAAUAACACUGCGUUGAAAAUCGCCAUAGCUAAAUAUGGCACAGCUGCGAUUUCUAUCAAUGCCAGUCCUAUGACGUUCAAGUUUUACGGAUGGGGAAUUUAUGAUGACCCAGAAUGCGACAACAGCGAUAACAGUCAUACAGUGUUGGUGGUUGGCUAUGGUGUAGAACGAAGUACCCCCUACUGGCUUAUCAAGAAUUCCUGGUCGGAAGCCUGGGGGAUUGGAGGCUAUGCCAAAAUAGCUUGGGACCAGAACAGAUGCGGGGUAACUGAGAAGCCUGUUGUGGUGCUCAUAAAUCAUCGAACUUUUCAAUUACCCAUAAAGGUCAAACAGCCUAAAACAGUGCGCCGAAAAAUUGCAAAAAUGAAACGCCGUAAACAGAAAUCCAAAACGUAGCCAAUCAGUUAAGUA